AUGAGAGAUGAGAUCGCGAUCCAGGGGCUGCAAAAUGAGAGAUCUGAUUUUCAAUUACCCAACCAAAACCGCAGCACCGGUUACCUCCCUCCACGCCGCUUCGAAAUUGCAAGUUGUCAUAUCCGCCGUCGUCACCUUUGGCCGAACAAAUCCAAUGCGAGAGAGGUCCAUUUCCCGGCACCCAACAUGAGAUUGCUGAUUGCCUCUGAGGAACUGAAACACAGGGUUUUUGAGGUUUCUCUUGCUGAUCUUCAAGGAGAUGAGGAUCAUACUUACAGGAAGAUCCGUCUCAGAGCUGAAGAUGUUCAGGGCAAGAAUGGCAUGGAUUUGACAACCGACAAGCCUAGGUCUUUGAAAACCAAAGACAGCUACACCCUAAGGCUGUUCUGCACCGCCUUCACAAAGAGGCGUGGAACGUACAUUACAUACAGCCAAACCCGCCAGAUCACACCUGUUAAUCAUUUUGUGGUGAGAUUCUAUAUAAACUUACCUCAUGAGGCACAACAUGAAUUCGGAUUCUUCAGUUUGAUAACAUUGUGUAAGAGCACUGUUGCAAAAAUGACACAAAUGGACGAAUCGAGAUUGAAGAACAGUACAGCUAGAAGAGCAAAAGCCACUGCUGUGGAAAAGUUGAGAGAUGGUGAUCUUGCUGGAGCCAAAGAAUUUGCAGCCAGGGCAAAAGAACUGAAUCCGUCGCUUAGUGGUCUUCUCUGUCUUAACGCAGUUCUUGAUGUCUUGAUGGGUUUUGAGAAGAAAAUCAACGGUGAAAUCGAUUGGUAUGCUGUUUUAGCGGUCGAACCAACCGCUGAUGUUGAUACGAUCAAAGACCGGUACAACAAAUUGUCUAUGGACAUUAUUACGGACGGUGACAAAUCUGUGGGUGGCAUUAUUGAAGCAGAGAAUAUAUUGGCUGAGACUUGGAGAGUUUUAUGUGAAGAUGCAUUUGAAGUUAUUGAGCGUCCAGAUGCAUCGACGAGUCAUGUUGAUCUAUGGAGUUACAAGAAGAAGACGAUCAUGAGAACGAAUGAGGUUCCAAUCCCUGGCUCGGAUGCUAUUUCGGUGGUUUCGCCGACGUCUAUUGAACAAAGUCCUCAACAUAUUCAACUGAGAGUUACAGGUAGUAUAAAUCAGCUAAGGAGAGGCAGUCAGGUGGUGAUGGAAGAAGAAAAUGAACAAAUGGUGCAAGAAACUCCAAUGAGAGUUCCAAGUUAUGUUAACCAGCUAAAGAGAGGCAGUCAGGUUCUGAGCUCUACUUAUACUCCGGUAAUCUUGUCGGCGCCUGAACCUUUACAUCCACCGCAGAGAUGUAGUAAAGGAAAGGAACCAAUGGUUCAACCUCCUUUGAGAAUUCUCGAUCAGGAUCCCAACUUAAUUCCGGUGGUUUUGCAGCCUAAACCUGCUCAAAGACUGAAGAUGUUUGAUGGAGACGAGGAAAGAAAUGGGAAAAUCUCACAGAGUUUUGGAUCGCCGAAGAAAUGGUUGAACCUCCAUUGCAAGCUUCUGGAUUUGAUUCAAGAAACUUUAGUGAAGCUGAGUUAG